AUUUCCCGUGGUUCAUCACAGUCUCUUCCUCUUUCGGUUCCAGUGCUUGGAGCAGGCUGAAACCUGUGGUGCAGACAUGGCCAAGUCCAAGAACCACACGAUGCACAACCAGUCCCGGAAAUGGCACAGAAACGGCAUCAAGAAGCCUCGAUCGCACACCAAUCCUCGAUCGCAAAGAUACGAGUCUCUGAAGGGGGUAGACCCCAAGUUCCUGAGGAACAUGCGGUUUGCCAAUGAAUACAACAAGAAGGGUCUGAAGAAGAUGCAGGCCAAUCACGCCAAGGCUAUGAGCACACAGGUCGAGGUCGUCAAGGCCGUGGCAAAGCCCAAGCAGGCCAAGACCAACAUCCCAAAGGGCUGCAGCCACAAGCUCAAGCGACUGGCCUUCAUGGCGCACCCCAGAGUUGGUAACUGUGUCCUCGCCUACAUGGCAAGGGGUCUCAGGAGAAAAGACAAGGCCCAGGACCAGGCUCCAGCCACAGCUCCAGCUGCUCCAGCUCCAGCCUCCAAAAGCUCCCAGGCCCCCAAGGCUGCACAGUAGAGGCCCCUUCCUGUCAGUGUGAGGGCAGUGGGGCCGGUGUCCUCCUGUGCUGUUUGUACAAUAAACUUGAGACACGGAAAAAAAAGAAAAAGAAAAAAAGAAAGAAAAAGAAAUUGGGGGAUAGGAUAGGGCAGGCGGUGGCGCACCUGGUUAAAUGUUCACAUUACAAUGCACAGCAAAGAACCAGGU